CCUGAACCUUCCAGACAAGUUCGUUCAAUUCCAGUGGCUCCACGUGGCAACCAUCUCAUCUCCUUAUCAACCGCUCUGCAUCUCACCAUCACGUUCCCCUUCUCGUCUCCUCUUGGUCUCCGCCGCCAUGGCCACCGUCCUCUCCACCUCGAUCGCCCACCCUCCAUCCCCCGCUCACCUCCCAUUUCGCUCCUCUCUCCUCGCUGGCCAACCUCUCAGGCUCUACCUCCGCUCUCCCUCCGCCAGCACGGCUUCGAGGUCUCUGACCAUAGUUGCGGCAUCGAAGAAGGCCGUCGCCGUUCUUAAGGGCAACUCGGAUGUGGAGGGCGUCGUCACCCUCGUCCAGGAUGACGAUGGUCCUACGACUGUGAAGGUUCGUGUUACUGGUCUUACCCCAGGACUUCAUGGCUUCCACCUUCAUGAGUUUGGUGACACUACCAAUGGCUGCAUAUCAACAGGGGCACACUUCAACCCAAAUAAUUUGACACAUGGUGCUCCAGAGGAUAAAAUCCGUCAUGCGGGUGACCUGGGAAACAUAGUUGCCAACUCUGAUGGUGUGGCUGAGGCAACAAUUGUCGAUAAUCUGAUUCCACUAAGCGGCCCUAAUGCAGUCAUUGGGCGAGCACUUGUGGUUCAUGAACUUGAAGAUGAUCUUGGGAAAGGUGGUCAUGAACUUAGCCUUACAACUGGAAAUGCUGGAGGAAGGUUGGCCUGUGGUGUUGUUGGUAUAACACCACUUCAGUGAUCAACAGAUUUCUUCCUAACAACCUUUCAUGAGCUUUACUUUGUUUUGAAAUUAGAAGGCUAGUCUCGGCAUGUUGAGGUGGCCAUUUGCAUAUCUUUCUGUGUUGUUAUUUAACCAUCCUAGUAUGUCAUAGCUAUAUACCAUCUUUUUGAUGUGCAAGCCUGUACCAAAUUCUCGUGCAUAUUGAAUAAGGCAAUUAUUUUUCAUUA